AUGCCUGUUGUUACCCCCAAGUCGUAUGGAAAAUCCAUCAGACCCUCUGACCUCCAGUAUGGCAUUGCACGCUUUUUCCCGCUAUCGCCAUGUUCGUCCCCUCCCACCGCCGUGUCCAGUGAAAGCACGAGCCGCACGUCAAGUCCUUCCGUAUCUCGCUCGGCGUCUGACCUCACUGCUACAUCAUCUACUGGAUUAUCUUCCGCAUCUACGCUUAAUCUCAACCCAGAGCCGGAAGAAGUCACAAGCUCAACUGCAAGCACCGCUCGCGGCAUCGGCACGCAGGUCGGGACCGGCCUUCCGCCAGACAUCCUUCUUCCAGUAUUGCAAGCUAUUCGCCGUAACGUCGCGGAGAUCCGUGCUGCACUUGCGAGAAUGGAAGUCCGCAUGGUGGGGGGGAGUCUACUUGUGGUAUACGAGGCCGACUGGCCGCGCGCACGGGCGGGCUUGCGAAUACUGGAAGAAAUGGCGGCUCGUCCAGCGCACGGUGAGAUGACGGUGGAAGAAGUUGAGAUGGAGGAUGAUUCUGAGGGUGAGGAGGAAGAAGAAGAAGGAGACGAAGAUGAUGAUGAUGAAGACGAUGACGACGACGACGACGACGACGACAGCCGACCGAAGCCUAUCGGUCCACCAUAUGUCGUCAAGCUGAUUGACUUUGCGCAUACGCGAAUCGUUCCCGGUAGGGGCCCAGAUGAGGGCGUCCUUCUUGGCUUGGAAACUGUGCUUAGUCUCUUGGACGGUAGAAUAGAUGAGAUAAGGGCAGUUUCAUAG